AUGUCCUACUUCUGGCACGAGCCAUACUGGCUGCCGAGAAACGUCACUUGGCCAGAAGUCCCAUCGAAAUUCGCCGAUUUGCUGGUCCCGAUCUAUUUGGCGAUUCCAUUGGUUAUUAUUAGAAUCAUCUGGGAAUCAACCGUCGGCGUCACCUAUCUCUAUUUUCGAACGAAUGCAUAUGCAUCGAGGAAGAAUAUCACACUUUUGGGAUGUAUGUGGGAACACAUGACGGGCGGUUUCGCGAGCCUCUCCCGUGCCAAGAAGAUUCUGGAAUGUUUCUGGAGAUUCAGUUAUUACACAUUCGCCUUCCUCUAUGGAUUGUAUGUGAUGAUCGAUGCGUCGUGGUUGUAUGAUGUGAAACAGUGCUGGAUUGGUUAUCCAUUUCAUCCCGUUCCAAACACAAUUUGGUGGUACUACAUGAUUGAGACUGGUUUCUACUAUUCGCUGCUCAUCGGCUCGUAUUUCGACGUCCGUCGUUCAGACUUCUGGCAGCUGUGGUCCAUCACAGUCGGAACACUGAUUCUCCUCUCCCAUGACGUGUCGGACGUCUUCCUGGAGGGUGGAAAAUUGGUCAGAUAUGAUGCCCAUAACAAGAAUAUGACAAACUUCAUGUUUGUCCUUUUCUUCACUUCCUGGGUCCUCACCCGCCUUAUCUAUUAUCCAUUCGUCGUUAUUCGAUCAGCGGUCACUGAAGCGGCCGCUCUGAUUCAACCGGAUUAUGUCAUUUGGGAUAUGGGAUUGAGCCCACCAUACGCUCCCCGACUCAUCGUCUUCGCUCUCAUCGCUCUGUUCUUUUUGCACAUCUUCUGGACAUUUAUCAUUCUUCGCAUCGUCAUCCGCACGACAACUGGAGGACAGGCGAAAGACGUCAGAUCGGAUUCCGAUUCGGACUACGAUGAGGAAGAAAUGGCGAGACGAGAGAGGACUCGUCUCUUGAAAAAGAAGAAGAAUAAGGUUUCUCCUGUGACCGAUCACGACGACAGCGAUGAGGAAGAAGAGGCGAAGGCCGACGGAAAAGCACGUCAUCGUAGAGCUCCACGCAAGGAAUAG